GACUCACGCACACUCGGAGUUACAAAGUACCAAGUCUUCUGUACCGUCCUGGCCGCGCUGGGUAGUUUCAACUUUGGUUGGAACAACGGUUCGGUGAACAUCCCGGGCGAUGUCCUGCAAAACUGCGUCACCGGCCGCAAGUACUACGGCGUGUUCCCGUCUUGCAUCUACGUCAAGUCCGGAACUAUCUGGGGUAUCAUUGUCGGCUGCUUCGCCCUCGGUGCCAUCAUCGGCGCUGUCAUCUCCAACCCGGUCAUCAACCGCAAGGGCUACAAGUUUGUCCUGUGCUGGUUCGCUCUGCUCAACGUCGUCGGUGCCCUGCUGCUGUCGCUAACCACCAAGAUCCCACAGUUCAUUAUCGGCCGUCUUGUCGUCGGUAUUGCCGCUGGUGCCGCCAACAAUGCCAUGGCUACCUAUGUUUCGGACAUGGCGACCCCGCGCAGCCGUACCAUUCUCAGCGGUGCGCUGCAGUUUGCCUGUAACUUUGGUAUUAUGCUUGACAACGCCUGCGCCCUGGGUCUCGCCCCUCCCCCUCGCUGGAGAAUCCUGUUCGCUCUCACCGGCGUCUUUGGCCUGAUCAACUUUGCGCUGUUCCCGUUCGCCCCCGAGUCGCCCAAGUGGCUGGUCAAGAAUGGCCGCAUCGACGAGGCGCGCGAGGCGCUGCAAAAGUUCCGUGCUGGUGCCGACAUUGAGCAGGAGCUGAACGACAUUAUCCAGACUGACAAGGAAAACCGUGAGCGCACCGCCGAUGUCAACGUCAUGCAGGUCCUGCGUGGCCAGACCCCCGACAACCUCCGCCACCAGCUGCUCUGUGUGUCUGCGCUGAUGUUCCUCCAGCAGCUGUGUGGUAUCAACGCUGUCAUUUUCUACUCGACCCAGAUCAUCAACAACUCGACCCACGACAACCCCGCCGACAUCCCCACUCUGGCCCAGAUCCUCACCACUGUCAUCUCGAUUGUUGCUGUGAUCUUUACCUUCAUUGGCAUGAUCCUGUGCGCCUAUUUUGGCCGCCGCACCUUGCUCAUGUUCUCGCACGCCACCAUGGGCGUUUUCUCGGCUCUCAUGGUUGCUGGCUCAGUCAAGGACAUUACUGGGCUGGUUGUGACAAUGGUGUUCCUAUUCAACGCCUUCUUCAACCUCGGUGUCGGCCCCAUCCCGUGGGCGACAGCCUCGGAGGUGACUCCGAUGUACGCCAUGACCGCCAUGUCUGCCAUCGGCACUGGUAUCGGCUACCUGUUCACCUUCGUCAUCGGUGUCAUCUUCCCGCCCAUGCAGGCAUCCUGGGGCAACUGGACAUUCUUCUUCUUUAUGUUCUGGAACUUUGUCGCAGUCUGCUUCGUCUUCCUGUUCGUCCCGGAGACCAAGGAUCGCCGUAUUGAGGAC